CCCGAGCGCUGCGCCCGCGGCCAACUUUGGAGAGGGGCGGCGGGACCCCACGGGACCCCCCACCGGCACCCCACGGACCCCCCCCUUUGGGUGCCACCUGCCCAGCGCCCCCCGCGCGCUCCCCCCCGCCGCCAUGCGCGCCCCCGCCGCCUUCCUCCUCCUCCUCUUCCUCGCCCCGCUGGUGGCCGGGCCCGGGGGAGCCGCCUCCGCCGCCACCCCCGACGCCCCCCAGGGCUGCGCCCGAGGCAGCUGCUACCCGGCCACCGGGGACCUGCUGGUGGGGCGAGCCCCCCGCCUGAGCGCCUCGUCCACCUGCGGGCUGCGGCGACCCCAGCCCUACUGCAUCGUCAGCCACCUCCAGGAGGAGAAGAAGUGCUUCGUCUGCGACUCGCGGCGCCCCUACGACGCCCGCAGCAACGCCGACAGCCACCGCAUCGAGAACGUGGUCACCACCUUCGCCCCCCGCCCCAAGAAAGCCUGGUGGCAGUCGGAGAACGGCGUGGAGCACGUCAGCAUCCAGCUGGACCUGGAGGCUGAGUUCCACUUCACCCACCUCAUCAUGACCUUCAAGACCUUCCGCCCUGCCGCCAUGCUGGUGGAGCGCUCGGCCGACUUCGGGCGCAGCUGGAAGGUGUACCGCUACUUCGCCUACGACUGCGCCGCCGCCUUCCCCCACGUCCCCCGCGGGCCCCCGCGCCGCAUCGACGACGUCGUCUGCGAGUCCCGCUACUCUGACAUCGAGCCCUCCACCGAGGGGGAGGUCAUCUACCGCGUGCUGGACCCCGCCAUCCCCAUCCGCGACCCCUACAGCCCUGCCAUCCAGGACCUGCUGCGCGUCACCAACCUGCGGGUGAACCUCACCAAGCUGCACACGCUGGGGGACGACCUGCUGGACUCGCGGCGGGAGAUCCGGGAGAAGUACUACUACGCGCUGUACGAGCUGGUGCUGCGCGGGAACUGCUUCUGCUACGGGCACGCCUCGGAGUGCGCCCCGCUCAGCGGGGCCCCCACCACUGCCGACGGCAUGGUGCACGGGCGCUGCGUCUGCAAGCACCACACGCAGGGCCUCAACUGCGAGCGCUGCGAGGAUUUCUACCACGACCUGCCCUGGCGCCCGGCCGAGGGCUCCAGCACCAACGCCUGCCGCCGGUGCGACUGCAACGAGCACUCGCGGCGCUGCCACUUCGACAUGGCCGUGUUCCUGGCCACGGGGAACAGCAGCGGGGCCGUGUGCGACGGCUGCCAGCACAACACCAUGGGCCGCCGCUGCCACCUCUGCAAGCCCUUCUACUACCGGCACCCGCGCUCCGACAUCCGCGCUCCCACCGCCUGCGCCCCGUGUGACUGCGACCCCGCGGGCUCGCUGGACGGGGGCGCCUGCGACGCGCACACGGACGUGGCGCUGGGCAUGAUCGCGGGGCAGUGCCGCUGCAAGGAGAACGUGGCCGGGCCCCGCUGCGACCGCUGCCGGCACGGAGCCUACGGCCUCAGCCAGGGAGACCCACAGGGCUGCCAGCCGUGCCGGUGCGACCCGCGGGGCACGGUGGCGGGCAGCUCCCCCUGCGACCCCAUCAGCGGGGACUGCUACUGCAAGCGCUUCGUGGCCGGGCGCUCCUGCAGCCAGUGCGUGCCCGAGUUCUGGGGCCUCAGCUACGACGUGGGGGGCUGCCGGCCCUGCUCCUGCGACUUCGGGGGAGCCUACAGCAACCGGUGCUCCAUGGAGGACGGGGCCUGCCCGUGCCGCCCCCACCUCAUGGGCCGGCAGUGCGACCAGGUGCAGCCCGGCUUCUUCUGCGCCCCCCUCGACCACUACACCUACGAGGCCGAGCAAGCCACGGGACACGGGCCCGGCCACCCCCAGCUCCCAGGCGCCGUGCGUGCGGAGGUGCCCCAGGACUGCCCCCAGCACCGCCCCGGGGAGCCGGCAGGGCGGAAGGGACGCCCGCGGCCCCAGCGCAGCCCCUACCGUGCCCCCCAGCCCCGCGCACCCCUGCGCCGCAGCCGCCAGCAGCCCCCCAAGCCCGACGUGGAGCCGGUGCUGCGGGACGGGGCCGGGCGCAUGGUGACCUGGACGGGUUCGGGGUUCGCCCGCGUGCGGGACGGGGCCGGGCUGACUUUCCACGUGGACGACGUGCCCUACCCCAUGGAGUACGAGCUGCUGCUGCGCUACGAGCCCGAGUCGGCCGAGGACUGGGAGGCCGUGGUGAGCGUCAGCUCCCGGGCGCUGCCCACCAGCCCCCGCUGCGGGAACCUGCUGCCCUCCGAGCAGAUGUACCGGGAGAGCCUGCCCCACAGCCAGAGGUACGUGCUGCUGUCCCGGCCCUUCUGCUUCGAGCCCGGCACCCCGUACGAGGUGACCGUGCGGCUGCAGCGCGCUGGCGUCACCCAGCGCCACCCCGGUGCCUUCAUCCUCAUCGACUCGCUGGUGCUGCUGCCACGUGUGUCAGAGCUGCCGGGCUUCCAUGGGGCGGCAGCCGACGCAGUGCAGCGGCGCGAGGAGCUGGAGCGGUACCGGUGCCUGGAGGCUUUCCGCAUGGCCCCCCCGCACACCCUGGCCGAAGCCUGCGCCCGCCUGGUGUGCAGCGUCUCGGCCCUGCUGCACGACGGCGCCCUGCCCUGCCAGUGCGACCCGCAGGGCUCCCGCAGCAGCGUGUGCCGGGCGCUGGCGGGGCAGUGCGAGUGCAAGCCCCACGUCCUCGGCCGCCGCUGUGACCGCUGCGCCCCCGGCAGCUACGGCUUCGGGCCCCUGGGAUGCAGCCCCUGCGCCUGCUCCCCGGAGGGCUCCGUGUCCCAGCUGUGCGACGCGGGCAGCGGGCAGUGCCGCUGCCAGCCCGGGGCCGUGGGCCGGCAGUGCGACCAGUGCCAGCCGGGCCACUGGGGCUUCCCCGCCUGCCGGCCCUGCCAGUGCAACGGGCACGCCGAGGACUGCGACCCCCGGACGGGCAGCUGCCUGCGCUGCCGAGACCACACCACCGGCCGGCACUGCGAGAG